AACAGUUGCUCUCUUUUUAUCACGCCCCCAAAUCCCGUCAAAUUCUUUGAAUUUUCUCCUCUCCACAACAACAAGCCCCUCCCUGCCGUUUUGCUCCUUCUUCGCCAAUCGCCGGGAAGCUCCGCCGCGAGGGUUUUGCUUUCCUUGAAUUUUCUUCUCUAGUUUUCUCUCUCGUCUUCGGAUCUUAGCCUAACUUUCAAUUUCCCUUUUCUUUUUCCGGUUCAUCGCUGAUUUUUUCAGUUACGAUGAAUUUCUCUACUUUAUAGAGCUCUCUCUCAUCUCACCGUUCGUCUCAGAUCCCGAAAUUUUUCUUUACUUCUUCAUCAGUACCUUACAAUUCGUUGUUAUGGCUAUACGGUUCACCACUUACUCGGUUUCCAUGGCCACAAACCUCGCGGCCGCCUCCGGAAGGGGCGGCGCCUCGAGAUUCUUACACGAUUUCUCGACGCCAACGCGGAUUUUCCAGCACCCACCGUUGCAGAAACCUUCUCCGACUUACUCUGACUUCCACCGCCCUGGAUUGGCGACGGACCUCAGCAAACCAACGCCGUUUUCUCAGGCGAUCUCUCUGAUGAAGCAAUCUAUCGCGUCUUCUACACCGAAAUCGGUCGGCUUUGGGGUUUCUUCUGUUCAGGCGUCCUCGAUCCUUUCUUUCUUGCCUAGUUCUAACUGGUUGCCGUCUAACGAGCCCACGAGUACAGAGGUGGACAGGGGACGGGUGAUUUCUGGCCGCAAAAGUGUUUGCAAAGGAACUUUGAAGACUAAGAUUGGUUCUGAAGCAGUUACAAAAAGUGGUGGUGAGAUCAGUGUGAACGUUCUGCAGAAUAAACUUGGUGUUAGUAAGUUUGCUAAUAGUUGGCUGUUGAAAAUGUUGAACUUCUGCUUUACCUCUGAAGAUGCUAGGGCGGCUUUCACUGCCGUCAGUGUUGGCAUCCUUUUCAAAUCAUCUUUGGCGGAGCCGAAAUCAAUUCCCUCCAUGUCUAUGUACCCAACACUUAAUGUGGGUGAUAGAAUUCUGGCUGAGAAGGUUUCGUAUAUUUUCAAGAGUCCUGAAGUUUCAGACAUUGUGAUUUUCAAGGCUCCUUCAUUUCUUCAGGAAUUUGGAUUUAGCUCAUCCGAGGUGUUCAUCAAAAGAGUAGUAGCAAAAGCUGGCGAUUGUGUUGAAGUUCGUAGUGGAAAAUUGAUGGUCAAUGAUGUAGCUCGAGAUGAGGAUUUCAUCUUGGAGCCAAUUAAGUAUGAAAUGGACCGGACGUUUAUACCAGAGGACUGUGUGUUUGUGCUGGGAGACAACCGGAACAACAGUUUUGACUCUCACAACUGGGGCCCGCUGCCUGUCGAGAACAUCGUUGGUAGAUCUCUCUUCCGCUACUGGCCUCCAUCAAAAGAAUCCGACAGUCUCCAAAAUCAGCCCCAGCAGUGGGGCUUAUCCGGGCACCUGCUGAAUGCCAAUCAUAUUAUAUUGACUGCUGCAAGUAUGCUAUCUGGUUGGUUUUCAUAUCUCCCCCUCAGAAUCACUCAACUUUCUUAUGUGGAUCCAAUCCCAAUCCAAUAUGGUGGAGCUUGGACUGGUGUUUUUUACAAUAAGGAUAUGUGUUCGGCAGGGAUACAAUUGUGGCGCGAUUGGCUGGAGACUCUGGAGUUUAAUUUCCCGGCAUCCAAGAUUGGUUGAUGUUUGGUGGGAUUGCUUAUUAGUUUAUUAUUUUGGGGGCUGAUUUUGUGUUAUGGAUGGUUUAGGACGUAUGAAUAUAGAUCCGUGCAUGUACCAUAUAUACUUGUUCUGGAAAUAAAUUAAUACUAUCAGUUACUUUAUUGGUUCUGUAAAGUCGCUUUUAUUUUUCUGGUUGUAGAAAAAGUUCUAUUGUUUAAC